CACUCCGGAAAACCAAUGGGCGCCGUGAGACGGCUUCGGCCUGCGCGCCGUUGCCCGAGGACGACGUUAGCGACAGCCAAUGGCGGUGACGCGUGUGGCAGCCCCGCCUCAUUGCUACCCGUCCGCCCGUCCCGGGUUAGGCUGCGCCUGUCAGUGGGGGCGGCGGGAUGGCGGCGCUUUAACGCUUGUACCAAGUGCCACCAGCGCUUCUCCUUCGAGGCGCUGAGCCAGGGGCAGCAGCUGUGCAAGGAGUGUCGAAUCGCUCAGCCCAUUGUUAAAUGCACAUACUGUAGGACAGGUUCCAACAGGAAAGUAGUAAACAUGCAAACCAACACAAUAUGCAAGAAAUGUGCUCAGAACGUGAAACUCUAGGGAACGCCAAAACCAUGCCAGUACUGCAACAUAAUAGCAGCAUUUAUUGGCAACAAGUGCCAGCGCUGUACAAACUCGGAGAAGAAGUAUGGGCCACCUCUCUCCUGUGAACAGUGCAAGCAACAGUGUGCAUUCGACAGGAAGGAUGAUAGAAAGAAUGUGGAUGGGAAGCUGCUGUGCUGGCUGUGUACGUUGUCCUACAAACGGGUCCUACAGAAGACCAAAGAACAACGCAAACAUCUAAGCAGCUCUUCACGGACAAGCCUGCAAGAGAAGGAGCAGUUCAGCAGGCUCAGCAGUGGCAGCCACUACAACAGCCAGAAAACCUUAUCCACCUCCUCUAUUCAGAACGAAAUUCCAAAGAAGAAACCCAAGUUUGAGGCCAUAUCGGCCAAUGGUGACAGCUUUUCUCCAGACCUUGCCCUGGACUCCCCUGGCACAGACCAUUUCGUUAUUAUCGCCCAGCUGAAGGAAGAAGUGGCCACUCUGAAAAAGAUGCUGCACCAGAAGGAUCAGAUGAUCUUGGAGAAAGAGAAGAAGAUCACAGAGCUAAAGGCCGACCUGCAGUACCAGGAAUCCCAGAUGAGGGCAAAAAUGAACCAAAUGGAGAAGACACACAAGGAAGUCAUGGAGCAGUUACAGGCCAAGAACAGAGAACUCCUGAAGCAAGCAGCUGCCCUAUCCAAGGGCAAAAAGCCUGAGAAGUCAGGAGCAAUAACCUCCCCUUAAAACAAAAACAAACUGGGACCUUCCCCAGCAUUAACCCAGGAGGCCUGUCUGUUCGGCUGGAAUCCAACCUCAGUCUUGUUACUAUCCUAUCGCUAUGGACUCGAUGGAACGCCUGGUGUGUGUUGCCUUUCGACAGCAUGGUUGAGUGUGUCUGGUUUCAAUAUCUGUUGAAUACUGUUAUAUAGUAUAGUGAUCCACAGGGAGCGGUGCCCCCACACAUCUUGCUGUCCCCCAUGCCCUGAACGAAUAGUCUCCAGAAGAAACCCUGUUUGGAAAACAGGUAUUACCACUGCCACUUCCUACAUUAGAAAACCAGGGAUCCUGUGAUACUGGAGACCCAUCUCUGCAGUUUAAAAUCUGCUGGGCUGAGGCACAGUCCAUUGUUGGCUGGUUUUCAGGCUUACCAAGAGCUUUGGGGGCACGGUGAGAGCUUUAUUUUCAAGUGUUUUGUUCCUCCUUUCAAGGGAAGCUCUUAAAUCGCCUUCCCCAAAGGGAGCAGGAGGCAGCACACUGAUCGGCCUGGAGCAGUUACACUACCUUUCAAAAACUGUUCCAAAAUCCAGGCUAUAGAUUCUCUUGGGUUUUUAAAAUAUUGGCUUGGCAAACCUAACUGCCUGUUUUGAUAAUUUUGGUUUGAGAGUCUUACAGAAUAACCAUAUGGUGGCCCUGUGGGACUCUGGUUAGUGGCUUGUGCUAAUCUAACUUCUCUGGCAUGGCUUUCUGCAAUAAAGGCAGAAGGAGAGCUUGAGGCUGUAUUAGACGUGCUCUCCCCUCCCAAGUCCCGGAUCAAGUUGAUCCUUUUAUAUCUUCUCCUCUCCAUCCCACUUCACUAACGUCAGAUGUUACGAGAAGUGAGUUCAGUCAGGUCAAUAGUGACACAAAGUAGGAAGUGCUUCUUGGGUGCUGGGCAGAGAAGCCCCCAACCUCCAUUCCCAACAAAAGCCAGCAGGAUAAAGAGCUGAAAAGGUUCUCUGCUUUUCUGAAACAGUCUGACUUCAGAGGCAAAGAGGCCAUAAACAGCUCCAGUAAGGUCAGCUGGAAUGUGUACUCCCAACCCACCCUCAUUAGAGGAGAGCUGAGCUCUGCAGCUGUCUGAGCCCUGCCCUCAGGGCAUCUCUUAGAGGGGGAUAAAAAGCACUCUGCCAUUAGGGGGGAAAUGUGCAGCUGGGCUCUCAAGUCAGCAAGAUCCAGGCCAGGUUACUCCAUCGAAUCCCACUGGCCAGCCCUAUUCACACAAUGUGAAGAGAGAGCUCAGGGGUUAGAGACCCUACCUCAGGGGGAGUAGGGGAAGGAAACAACCUUAAUGUAGACAGGCACCAAAUGGAAAGAGAUGAGACACUGACCCUUUGAGACAGGGCUAGCUGCUCUAGGUGGGUUUUUAUUAAUCUUUUAAGUAGAGAGUUGCAAUUUUUUUUAAGAUGAAUUUAUUCAAUGGCACUUUUCAGAUGUUGUUAGCUUUGAGCGUGGAAGAGCACACUGAAGCAUCAGAUAUUGUCAUGUGGUUUUUGUUGUUUUUAAAAAGACUUUAGGAUGCUAAGAAAUCAUUGCACUCUGCCAGAGUGUGACAGCUGGAAAAAAAACAACAACCCCACCUAAUUUUAUACUUCACAUAUUUUUAGAAAAAGUCUGAAAUGUAUCAAUAGGAUUUUUUUUAAAAAUGGGGGCUUUGCUUCUUGGCUUCCCUCUGGACACAGAAAUAAUAAUAGAGGGAGAAGGGCCUUGUAUAUACAAUGUUGUUGGGUUUUUUUAAUUGUGACACAUUGAUCAUGCAACUGAGUAGCUGACGGUUGUAGUAAUAACGUUGUUUCUUUGUAUGUUUGUAAUAAUGGAGAUUUUAAAGGGAUGCUUCGAUUUGUACAAAACUCCGACAAAUGUUAAAAGUGUUUUAAAACAAAA